GCCGCGCUCCCCACUCAGUCCGGGGGCAGAGGGGGCGCGAGAGAGCAAGUGGGCGGGCGUCCCAUCCUCCGCAUCCUCCUCCAGGUCCUGGCGCACAGGGUGGGAGCGCUGCGCUGCGCCGCGCUGCGCGUCGCGGCCCGCUUGCCGCCUGCCCCCUGCCCUAGCUGGGCCACCUCCCCGGGCUGCGGGUGGAGGGCUAAGAGGCGCUAACGUUACGCUGUUUCCGGUUUUCCUGCGGGCUCUGUUUCCCCUCCCAAGGCGGCGGCGGCUGAGCGGCGGAGCCCCCCAAAUGGCCUGGCCAGAUGCGGCAGGUUUGCUGCUCAGCGCUGCCGCCGCCGCCACUGGAGAAGGCUCGGUGCAGCAGCUACAGCGACAGCAGCAGCAGCAGCGAGAGGAGCAGCAGCAGCAGCGAGAGCGGCAGCAGCAGCAGGAGCAGCAGCAACAACAGCAGCAUCUCCCGUCCCGCUGCGCCCCCAGAGCCGCGGCCGCAGCAACAGCCGCAGCCCCGCAGACCCGCAGCCCGGAGAGCCGCCGCCCGUUCGCGAGCCGCAGCCGCCGGCGGCAUGAGGCGCGACCCGGCCCCCGGCUUCUCCAUGCUGCUCUUCGGUGUGUCGCUCGCCUGCUACUCGCCCAGCCUCAAGUCGGUGCAGGACCAGGCGUACAAGGCACCCGUGGUGGUAGAGGGCAAGGUACAGGGGCUAGCCCCAGCCGGCGGCUCCAGCUCCAACAGCACCCGAGAGCCGCCCGCCUCGGGUCGGGUGGCGCUGGUGAAGGUGCUGGACAAGUGGCCGCUCCGGAGCGGGGGGCUGCAGCGCGAGCAGGUGAUCAGCGUGGGCUCUUGUGCGCCGCUCGAAAGGAACCAGCGCUACAUCUUUUUCCUGGAGCCCACGGAACAGCCCUUAGUCUUUAAGACGGCCUUUGCCCCUCUCGACACCAACGGCAAAAAUCUCAAGAAAGAGGUGGGCAAGAUCCUGUGCACUGACUGCGCCACCCGGCCCAAGCUGAAGAAGAUGAAGAGCCAGACGGGACAGGUGGGUGAGAAGCAAUCACUGAAGUGUGAGGCAGCAGCUGGUAAUCCCCAACCUUCCUACCGUUGGUUCAAGGACGGCAAGGAGCUCAACCGCAGCCGAGACAUUCGCAUCAAAUAUGGCAACGGCAGAAAGAACUCACGACUACAGUUCAACAAGGUGAAGGUGGAGGACGCUGGGGAGUAUGUCUGCGAGGCCGAGAACAUCCUGGGGAAGGACACCGUCCGGGGCCGGCUUUAUGUCAACAGCGUGAGCACCACCCUGGCAUCCUGGUCGGGGCACGCCCGGAAGUGCAACGAGACAGCCAAGUCCUAUUGCGUCAAUGGAGGAGUCUGCUACUACAUCGAGGGCAUCAACCAGAUCUCCUGCAAGUGUCCUGUGGGAUACACCGGGGACAGGUGUCAGCAGUUCGCAAUGGUCAACUUCUCCAAGCACCUUGGAUUUGAAUUAAAGGAAGCCGAGGAGCUGUACCAGAAAAGGGUCCUGACCAUCACGGGCAUCUGCGUGGCUCUGCUGGUCGUGGGCAUCGUCUGUGUUGUGGCCUACUGCAAGACCAAAAAACAGAGGAAGCAGAUGCACAACCACCUCCGGCAGAACAUGUGCCCGGCCCAUCAGAACCGGAGCUUGGCCAAUGGGCCCAGCCACCCGCGGCUGGACCCAGAGGAGAUCCAGAUGGCAGAUUAUAUCUCUAAGAAUGUGCCAGCCACAGACCACGUCAUCAGGAGAGAAACUGAGACCACCUUCUCCGGGAGCCACUCCUGUUCACCUUCUCACCACUGCUCCACAGCCACGCCCACCUCCAGCCACAGACACGAGAGCCACACGUGGAGCCUGGAACGUUCUGAGAGCCUGACCUCUGACUCGCAGUCGGGCAUCAUGCUGUCAUCAGUGGGUACCAGCAAAUGCAACAGCCCAGCGUGUGUGGAGGCUCGGGCAAGACGAGCAGCAGCCUACAACCUGGAGGAGCGGCGCAGGGCCACCGCACCAGCCUACCAUGACUCUGUGGACUCCCUGCGUGACUCCCCACACAGCGAGAGGUACGUGUCCGCCCUGACCACGCCCGCGCGCCUCUCGCCCGUGGACUUCCACUACUCGCUGGCCACGCAGGUGCCGACUUUCGAGAUCACGUCCCCCAACUCGGCGCACGCCGUGUCGCUGCCGCCGGCCGCGCCCAUCAGCUACCGCCUGGCGGAGCAGCAGCCGCUACUGCGGCACCCGGCGCCCCCCGGACCCGGGCCGGGGCCCGGACCCGGCGCGGACAUGCAGCGCAGCUACGACAGCUACUACUACCCCGCGGCGGGGCCCGGGCCGCGGCGCGGGACCUGCGCGCUCGGCGGCAGCCUGGGCAGCCUGCCCGCCAGCCCCUUUCGCAUCCCGGAGGACGACGAGUACGAGACCACGCAGGAGUGCGCGCCCCCGCCGCCCCCGCGGCCGCGCGUGCGCGGCGCGUCCCGCAGGACGUCGGCGGGGCCCCGGCGCUGGCGCCGCUCGCGCCUCAACGGGCUGGCGGCGCAGCGCGCACGGGAGGCGCGGGACUCGCUGUCGCUGAGCAGCGGCUCGGGCGGCGGCUCGGCCUCGGCGUCGGACGACGACGCGGACGGGGCGCUGGCGGCCGAGAGCACGCCUUUCCUGGGCCUGCGCGCGGCGCACGACUCGCUGCGCUCGGACUCGCCGCCGCUGUGCCCGGCGGCCGACAGCAGGACUUACUACUCCCUGGACAGCCACAGCACGCGGGCCAGCAGCAGACACAGCCGCGGGCCGCCCCCGCGGGCCAAGCAGGACUCGGCGCCGCUCUAGGGCCCCGCCGCGCGCCCCUCCGCCUCGCCCGCGCCACUGUCUUUAGGAGACGAGAGACCGCCAACUGGAGAGAAAGGAGGAAAAAAGAAAUAAAAAUAUUUUUAUUUUCUAUAAAAUGAAAAAAAGUAUAACAAAAUGUUUUAUUUUCAUUUUAGCAAAAAUUGUCUUAUAACACUAGCUAACGGCAAAGACGUUUUUAUAGGGAAACUAUUUAUAUGUGACAUCCUGAUUUACAGCUUCGGAAAAAAAAAGAAACAACAAAAAAAAAAGAGAGAUGGGCCAAUUUUUUGACUCUUUAAUAGAAACCUAUUUUGUGGUGCCUUUUGCUGUACGCUCAUCUGGGGCUCCGGGAGAGAGGUCUCUGGGUUGCGGAGUGCUGGGAGUGACAGGGAGAGAAGAGGCUGUGGGGUUCAGGUGGCGGCGGGGGUGGGGGGUGGUAGGGGCUUGGCCCUGAGGAAGAACUGAGGACAGAAGUAGCUUAGCCCCCAGGCAAGAGCUGGAGUUCCGAACCCCUGGGGGGUGAGGGCCAGGACUCUAGACUUGGAGCUGGUGCUGGGGUAACUUCCAGUGGAAGAUAAAAACACAGCUACCCGAAUGGGGGAGCCCUGGCUACUCACAGCUGUUAAGGGAGCGGGGCAGAGAAAGGUCUCCCAGAAAGCCUGGGCCCAGGGAGGGGCAACUCUGCCAGGGUCCCAAUGUUGGUGGCUCCUGUCCCCCACAGCCUCCAGGGCGCCCCUCCGUCCUCUGCAGCGCCUUCGUUUACAGGUCGUCUUUUCUAUUUUACACCUGCAUGUCCUUUGCAUUUCAGAUUCUUUAGAUUGGAUGCAUGGUCACGCUGGGACCGAGAAGAGCCACUCGACAGUGUAUUUCCCUUUUUAGCAAUAAAGUAACACCAUUUCCUUCUCACAGGCUGCUUCCCAGCCCCCAACCCACCUAUGACUUCCACUCCGUCUCCAGUCCUGCCCUCCCACCCCCAAAACCUGGGUCCACUGCUAAUUUGUCAAAAAGGUAAUUGUUUAAAAAAAAAAAAAUUCCAAACAGAAACAAAUGGGAAUCCUGCCCUGAAAUGUCUGAACACCUGACUGUUGACACUUGAACAUUUUUAUAUUAUAAAUAAAAUCAGAAAUGACUCCUGUU